AUGUCUUCCAGCCCUUCCAACAACCAGCAGGCCGCGCUCAAGAUGCGUCCCGUCACUGGGGCCUUCCUGCUCAAGCAGAGUCCUCAUCAUCUCUCGCAUGACAUCAAGGACAUCCUCGAGAAGCAUGGCGUCAAGCUCUCACCCGGCUGUUCCCAAGAGCUUACCCGAUACCUCAACGACAAGCUCGAAGCGUAUCCCAUCCCUUUCGACCCCAAACGUCCCAACCUCCAAGCGGACCUGGACAACAGUGCUCGUCUUCGCGAUAGGCGGGCUCAGCUCACGGACCAGGGUGCGACUUCGGAAACACCCGCGAGGACGCUUCAUCGAUCGCGUCCCGACACCUUCUCGCGGUUCGGCAAGCCUCGCAACAUCAACGAGUCUUUCAUGGACAUCCCUUGGAACGAUCCAGUCUCGCCAUCCAUGUUGCAACCGCCGAUGCCCGUCAGCGUGAACUCGCUGCUGCAGGGCUGGCCUCUGAAAGAGAAGUCGCUCGCAGCUGUGAAGACGCCGACCAAGGUCAAGAAGGAGCAGUCUGUAAAGGCCGAGAUUCAGGACUCCGUUAAGUUCGCGAAUGAGCCUCCCGUCAAGGUCGAGAUCGAUCGACCCAUUGAGACUGAGACCGAAUCGGCCAACACCGUGAAGCCGACUUUAUUGACUCGAGGGCGCGCCGACGACUAUCUCGAUGUUGGCGAAGAAGAAAGCAGCGAGCGCGCACCCCUCGCUAUCACAAAGGACAACCUCGUCAAGGUAGAAGAUAGUGUUGGCAGCGACGUCCAGCGCCAUAACCAGAUUCACCGCACCGUCGAUUCCAAGUCCCCACCUGCUCCCGCCAUCAAGUCCGAAAAGGCAACGACCAGGAGCCCCAAGCGCACCCUUAACAGUUUCGAAGAGAUGGACGCCGACGCCGUCUCCUUCACUUCUGAUAACCUCAGCGCCAUCAAGAAGACCCGGCCUGCUGUCAAGCAAGAACCAUCCCCUGCACCCGCUAUCAAGGUCGAGAACGACACCUCCGGCUUCCAGAGCUCCAUCGGCUCGUCCAAUUCUUCGGGCUUCCGGUCUUCGGGUUCAGGUGUCAAGACUGAGUUCCAGGAAACGCCUGACACCACAUACCUUGGUGAGUCGCAGCAGACACUGGGCCGAUCGCAGAGCCCUUUCAGCCAGACCCAAGGUUUCCCGAACCCUUUUUCCCGCAGCCGCUUCGGCAGUCAGUCAUUCCUGAGCUCUCCCGGCUCAGUGACCUCACAGACUUCCGGACGUGUCGAGAUCAACCCGCGUCGCUCUGCUCGGCUAUCACAAGCCAAGAUGACCGCUACCGGCUCGUCAGCCCCGUCAGCUUCCGCCCCCUCUGCCCCUCCAGCUGCGUCUCCUACGCCAUCUUCUGCCUCUUCUCUUGGUGUCAAGCGCCGUCGCUCCGCCAGCCUUGCAGACGAAGUUGAGCAAGUUGAACGCCAGGGUCGCAACAAGAAGUUCGUGACCAAAGAAGUGGUCGCAAAACAGCGCGAGGCUCGCCACAAUGAGGAUGCAAGGGAUCAAAAGCGCAGUAGCGCCCAGCGUCGUGCCUCGGUGCUCCGUCGUCGCCCAAUCUAA